UCCCAGCGUCGCUUCGCUCAUCAAUCAUGGUCCUGGAAAUCAGACAACUGCCCUAUCAAGGCUUCCAUGGAUUGUGAUGAGCCGAAACGAAAUGGGCAAUCGACAACGACGCGUGCCCGCGCUGUUGACAAUGAAUCACCCCCCAUCGGCCAGCCCCCAACGAAGCGUCAGCGCGUUUUAGCCUGUAGGCGUUGCAGAUCACGCAAGCAAAAAUGUGAGGACACAAGGCCGUGUAUGAACUGUCAAAAGUCAAAUGCAGAAUGCCUGCCCACAGAUCCUGCUCCUCGUCUACAUGUCGAAAGCGAAUAUGUCCGGGCCUUGGAGGAACGGAUAGCAGAAUUGGAAUCACUUGAUCCACAACAAUCUCAAGACCACAUACCUGGAACAGAGAAUCCAAAUUCACGCAGGAGGAGCUCCUGUCGUAUUCAUUCACAGUCUAACGAGCACGAUAUUCAACGGAACUUAUCGUCAGGCGUGGCUGCGCAACAAAACGAUGAGCCAACGAAUCCGCUUACAACCUCCAACCCAUCCGCGCCGGUGGAGCCGUAUGCGUCGCCAAAACCAUUCGCGACAACUGGACUUCAAAAUUUCCCUGAUGAGACUCAGCUUGAGAGUGAUGACGAUACUGACAUCGAUCACUUUAUCUUUGGUUUAGCAGCCUCACCGGUUGCGUCGCGUGAAUUACGCCUCCCAACAACAUCUGCUAGCCCGGCCAGCAGCAUGCUACACAACUCGUCGGAAAAGACAUUGUUCAUGCCCCACGCGCUAAUCGCGAGCAUCCCGCGCGAUGUCGAAGACUUGCUGUUGAAUGUGUACCGCGAGCGUGCCCAGAUUCAAUAUCCCUUCUUACAUUGGGACACGUUCAUGACUUGGUUUGCAUCUUGGAAGGCUUGUACGCCUGCACAGUAUGCAUCGCGGUCAUGGCAGGGUUUCUUUGUUAAUCUCGUGUAUGCAACGGCUUUACUUUUACGACCAUUCCCCAGGAUUGGCAAAUCGGAUGCUCAGACCUUCUAUACGAAUGGACUAUCUUUACUCUCGUUUGUGUUUAGGAAGCCAGAUCCGAUCUUGCACGUUCAAGCCCAGCUUUUGAUAAGCAUGUAUGCACUUCACAGAAGCUCUACGCAGCGCAUUUUGUGUCUUGCGUCGACAACCAUUCGAUACUGUGUUCAGCAUCAAUUUCAUCUUGUUGAGAUUGAAAAGGAACCAAUUACUCCGGCUAUUCGCCUUGAAAAUCAGGUGCGCCGCCGCUGUUUCUGGUGUGCCUACAAAUUGGACAGACUCAUUGUAGCAUCCUUUGAUUUGCCUCCUUCAUUGACAGAUGCUAUGAUUACUGCAAAGAUUUACGCAAAUAUUGAAGAUCACGAUCUAUUGGACGUUGCCAAUCGGACGCCGGCCGACAAAGAGUUGCCAGAUUCUCGGCAAUACACUUCCUUGUCACCAUCUCUACACAUUCUGCAAUGUCGCCGCAUUCAAUCUGAGAUUGCUGGCUACACCUUACGGUGGGAUUAUGCAUCUCAAUAUGAGAAGGCUCAUGACUGGAGGGUUCGUAUUCUUGCGGAGCUGGAAAAUUAUAAGUUACGUGCUCAGCGAUUUUCCGAGCCGCAAUCUAAAGGCUACACUUCGCAAAGAUGGCUUGCCAUGAUAUACCAUUACACCUUGCUUACGCUUUUCCGACCGAAGAAGGAUAAUGUCGCAGGUGCUGCUGGUGACUGGUCCGUACAAGCGAGUAGCCAAGCGUGCCUAAUCUUCCGUAAAACGCAAAUGGAUCGGCAGAUUGCUUCGCCUUGGAUUGGGCUUCUUGUACAGUUUCAGAGUGGUGUGACGCUCUUAUAUUGUUUUUGGGCCACCCCGCCUGAACAACGAACUGAGAACUACGACGCGCCAGAUGUUUCCGAUGCACUAAGAGCAUGUUCAAAUAUUCUAGCCAUUAUGGCUGACCGGUGGCCCAAAGCAGAAUGCCUAAGAGAUGUAUUUGAGCUGCUUGCAAGGGAGGUACCCUUAGUUGAUCGUCCAAACAGACCCCCUGUGCGCUUCUCAGAACGUUCAGUAGCUGCAAUUCGUGAGAAGCUGCCAGAAGUCCGAGCCUUGGUCGUCCAUAGAUCGAUUUUACGAAUGAUUGAAGAAAUGAUCUCCGAAGACUUUCCCCGGCCACAAAAGUCUCGGUCAGCGUCAGCUAGCACGCCUUCCAAAGUGCGAACACCUGUUUCAGUGGUCCCACGAAAUGACCCCUUACAGCCAACACCGACACGAGUUUACGAAGAAUUCUCUCCGACCAAGGCGUUUGAAAUGCCAUUUGCAACGCAACAUUUGUAUGAAUUUACUGGCACAGGGACCGAGAACGAUAGCAUUGGCACUGAUGCGUUGCUUUCAUUCCCUGGAAUGUUUGACCUGGAAGAGUGGAGUGGAUAGUAAAAAUUGAACAACGCAACAGGCGAGCUUUCAAAACUCUGAUCGUCUAGAUUGUCCUUUCUAUAUGAAGAUCUUCUUCAAAGACCUGGGACUGUAUCGGCAUCCGGCGCUAUUUGAUAAUAACUGUUUAUUCUCGAAACUAAUCAAUGUCGCGAGAAA